AUGAAGGGAUCCAACGUUGUGCAAUGCUGGGCCAACAACACAUGGGUGCCUGAGCUGCCAAGCUGCUCCAGGGCAUGUCAGCUGGCUCCAGAAAUCCCACACAGUAAGCAGUAAGCAACCUCAAGCAACAAGGAUGACUCUUCCCCUGGGCAGGAAGUGUUCUACAGCUGUGAGCCCGGCUAUGAUCUCAGAGGGGCUGCUUCCCUGCGCUGUACGCCCCAGGGAGACUGGAGCCCAGAAGCUCCAAGAUGUGCAGUGAAAUCAUGUGAUGAAUUCCUGGACCAACACCCUAAUGGCCACAUGUUCUUUCCACUUAAUUUCCAGCUUGGGGUAAAAUUGUCCUUCGUUUGUGAUGAGGGAUGAUUGUUCCAAUUAAAAGGCAGCUCUAGUAGUCAUUGUGUCUUGGUUGGAAUGAAAAGCCUUUGGAGCAGCAGUGUUCCGCUGUGUGAGCAUGAGCAGAACAACAACUAUGCAGACUGCAUGUUCCCCUUAUUUUUUUCCACUGUGUUCUGCCUCGUGGAGCCACUUGUUGUCUGGAUCCUUAUUUAACUAAAUUACUGAUAAAAUACUUCUUUGUUGGAAGAAUUUCAAAGGGGCCUUGUAGGUUUAAUAUAUCAUGUGUUUACCUUACUAGUCUGUAAGUCACUAGUUUAAAGCCAGUGUUGAAUUUCGUACAGAAUAUGUGGGAGGAAACUAGAUGACAUAAAAGUACACCAAAACUUAUUUAUUCAUUUAUUUUUUAGUUCCACCAUUGAGGAGUAACCUCUGUGGGGGAUCAGAAUUGGCCACCUUAAAAUGUGUCUCUAUGGCUUGAUUAUUUUUAAGAAUAACAGACUUGGAAAGAAACUUUCAUCUCACCCCCUAAUCGCCUAAAAGAAGUUUAGA